AUGGUUAUGACCCAUCAUCCUGCUCAAAUUCCUCGUCCACCUUCCAGUUCUGCUCAGCUAGCCGGGCCCUUGGAAAGGAGAAGUCCGAUUGCUGGAUCCAACAACAGUCUCUCUCCACGCCUUCAUCGUCGUCAGCCUGCCCUCUUUUCAGGCAUUCCUGAAGUGAAUACACAACACUCGCCUCCCGAAUCCAAGGGGUCUGUGAUGGGUUUGCUGAGUAAGGGAGACGGGCCUGAAACUGGACUGUCUGAGGCGGUCAACAGCGUUAGCAAAAAGAACGAGUAUUAUGUUGAAGAUGAGUCAUAUCGAAUGGUUGAGGCUUCUGUAACUUCGAUAUCUGGUUUCAGCGAGUGUGGUGGUGACUAUGCUGUCGGCCAACAUGGUCUUGACACUGGUAUGCUACUUCGACAAGGUAUCAGUCUACGUGGGGCUGCUGGAUCUCCAUCACUACUUGGGAUUACUACCACUAGCAGCGGUUCUUCUCCAGCUACAGUUGUCUCGAGUCCAGGCUACUCUUCUCGAUAUUAUGCCAAUUUGACUCAAUCUGGACCAAGUGGAGGUAUUCUCCUGCGCCCUGGCCAACCACGAUUAACCUCGGGCUUAUCAGGACUUGCACCUACCAGCAACGAUAUUACUAACCGUGUUACAUCCUCCACAUCACUUAUCUCUUCUUCUACUACUACCUCCACUGCCCCUGCCGCAUCCUCUGGACAGUUAAGGCAUCAGCAACACUUGCAGCAGGCCUUGCCAAGCACCACAGCCAGCGUUGCUGCCACAGUGGCCUCUGCUCCAGGGCAAUCGCAUAAUUCUGCGACACGAGCUCUCUCCUUGGCGCAGCCGAGCCUCACUUCUCAACCUGCCGACUCGCUUUUCUCUAAAGGUGAUACUCUAGCCUUUACAAUGAAUAUACCAGGCCAUAUUGUCAUUGCCUCUAUUAGUAAAAACAAUGUUACUUCUUGUACAAUACACUGGUCUGGUAUCAAUAAGAAUAUAAUUAUUUUGAUCUUGACUGACCAACUUUGGUUAAGGUAA